UUUGAAGUGUUAUACAUCUCUUAUCUAUAUUUUAAAACAUAUUGGCGCGUGCAAUACACCUCGUUAGUUGAAAGAAAGAGGGAGAGUCUUGCAAGUCCAACUCACUCGACUACAUAAAAUUAAUUUCUUUAAUUUCCCGGCAAACCCCAAAAACCCUAAUUCCCUUCUUCUUCUUCUUCAUUCUUCAUUCUUCUUCUUCUUCCCCAACUACCAACCAAACCUCCCUCACUCCCAUCCCCAUUAAAGCUUCCAAAUUUCUCACUCUAAUUACUUCAGAUUCACCGUUUCUCCAAUACCCAUCAAAUAUUUUGUUCAAAGUUUCCAUUUUUAAAUUAAAGUUUGAUUCUUUUGCUCCCAUCAAUGGCGGAGGAUCGGAAUGAGCUGAGUGACUACACUUCGGAGGACGAGGGAACUGAAGAUUACAGGCAAGGAGGGUACCACUCAGUCCGAGUUGGGGAUUCAUUCAAAAAUGGCUGCUAUGUGGUGCAGAGCAAGCUUGGGUGGGGACAUUUCUCCACCGUUUGGCUCGCUUGGGACACUCAGAAAUUGCGGUAUGUAGCGUUGAAAAUCCAAAAGAGUGCCCGUCAUUACACCGAAGCUGCAAUGGAUGAGAUAAAGAUUCUCAAGCAAAUUGCAGAGGGAGAUCCGGAUGAUAAAAAGGAGGUUGUAAAGCUUUUGGAUCACUUCAAGCAUUCGGGUCCAAAUGGGCAACAUGUGUGUAUGGUUUUCGAGUACUUGGGAGAUAAUCUUUUGACCGUUAUUAAGUAUAGUGAUUACCGAGGGAUUCCACUCCAUAUGGUUAAGAAAAUAUGUUUUCACAUUUUGACCGGUUUAGAUUAUUUGCAUCAACAACUUUCGAUCAUACACACUGAUCUGAAACCUGAAAAUGUCUUGCUUUUGUCCAUGAUUGAUCCAUCAAAAGACCCGAAAAGAUCUGGUGCACCACUUAUCCUUCCAACUGCCAAGAACAAAGUUGCUUCUGAAUCGGGAGCCUCCAAAGAAGUAAAAACAACUUAUAAUGGUGAUCUUACGAAAAACCAGAAAAAGAAGAUUCGGAAAAAGGCUAAGAAGGCAGCUCAAGAUUGUGGAGGAAAGGAAACUUCUGAAGAUGAGAUAGAUUCCAAGACUAAUAAUGGCUUUGAGAAUCCUGUUAAGAGUGUUGUAAAAUCAAGGCGAGAUUGUGUUGACGAAAAAGAAAAGAGAUCCGAAGCUAAAGAUAAACUGACAAAUGGUGAAGAGACAAAGGACAAUGAUGAGGAAGAUAAUAAAGGUGCUAGAAGAGGGAACCGAACGACAAGGCAGAAGCUCCUUGCUGAUGUCGAUCUCAAAUGCAAACUGGUGGAUUUCGGAAAUGCUUGUUGGACAUAUAAACAAUUUACAAAUGAUAUACAGACAAGACAGUAUAGAUGUCCUGAGGUUAUUCUUGGUUCUAAGUACUCAACUUCUGCGGAUUUGUGGUCGUUUGCUUGCAUUUGCUUUGAGCUCGCAACCGGUGAUGUUCUAUUUGAUCCUCACAGUGGUGAUAAUUAUGAUAGAGAUGAGGACCAUUUGGCUUUAAUGAUGGAGCUUCUCGGGAUGAUGCCACGCAAGAUUGCAUUGGGUGGUCGCUACUCGAGGGAAUUCUUUAACAGAUAUGGGGAUCUGAGACACAUUCGUCGGUUGCGUUUCUGGCCUAUUAGUAAGGUGCUAGUAGAAAAGUACGAGUUUAGCGAACAAGAAGCCAAUGACAUGGCUGAUUUCCUCAUUCCUUUACUUGAUUUUGUACCUGAAAAGAGACCAACAGCAGCACAAUGCCUCAGCCAUCCAUGGUUUAAUGCUGUUCCACGGGGUCUUGAGCCUUCGGUUGUUGCUGCUGUUGAAGUCCCACCUCAGGAUUCAGAUAAGAACUUUUCUGAGAAGAAGGAGACGGAUGAUAGAGAAGCAAUGGAGGCUGGAGUGAGCAAUAUCGUCAUUCAAGGAACUUCUAAGCUCAUCACAGAUCCAAAAUUCACGGAAUAGAUUUGCCAUGCAUAUAUAGCUUUGCCGAAAUGUGGCUUGCUUAGUUUUUCGCUUUCCACAGGAUAUUCGCAGUAUACUAUGGCGACUCGGGGAUGUCUUCAUUUUUGCGGAGCAGCUUACCUCGGCCGGUUGUUGUUUCACUCAAGUUUCGGAAGGAAGAAUAUCUUUCUCAAGAAGGCGUGUUCUUAAUUUUCGAAUCUUUCUUCUUUCUUUCUAUUUGACAAUCUAAUUGGAUAAUGUAAUUUGUAAAAUUCACAAUUCUUUGGUUGCUGGUUCUUUGUAUCUCUUUCACUAAAUGUAAGACAAGGCUUUUUUAUUUUUUAAUAUUUUUGAAAUGUUGAGAUGUGGUAAGAAAACUUGUACA